AUGUUUAAGUUCGAUGAGGAGCAGAAAUUCAGAGAAUAUUUGUCCUCAAAAGAUAUUGGGAUCCACACUCCAAAGCUGAUUUCAGGGUCAAGUGAAGGUGGAGCAGCAGUAUUCAAUCUUGAAUAUAAGAAUGGAAACUGUGCUUGUUUAGCACAAUCCCCACAGCCGCACAAGCAGCUGGCUAUCUGUGGUGGGUUCCGUCAUGUCUUAGAGGUUGGGGAUGUGUUUAGAGCUGAAGAUUCCAACACACAUAUGCAUCUGUGUGAGUUUGUUGGUUUGGACGCUGAAAUGGAGAUUAUGAGGCACUACUUUGAGAUUUGCGAUAUUGUGGAUGGAUUAUUUGUAGAAUUGUUCAGACACUUGAAUGAAAAUUGGAAGAUGGAACUCGACGCAAUUAAUAGGCAGUAUCCAUUUGAACCAGUGAAGUACCUAGAGAGUAUCUUGAGGCUCAGUUACGAGGAAGGGAUACAAUUGUUGAAGCCUGAUGUAUGA